AUGGAGUGCCCCAUCUGCUUCGAAGUGCCCGAGGCGUCCCAGAUUAUGUCCUACGCCACCAUGAGCAACCACAGCUGGCAGAACAGCACCCGCUGCAACGCCCAUGGCAUUUGUCGCAGCUGCAUGGGCCGUUACGUCGAGAUCCAGAUCCUGGAAGAGGGUCACUUUAACCCCCGAUGCCCCGGGGAGCGCUGCAGCUAUCGCCUGGUUCCCUUGGAUGUUCAGAGGGCCCUGGAACGCUCGGCGCGCGGCGAAGAAACCUGGCAGAAGUUCGAGCAGCUGCGAAGCGAGUGCCAUGCGGGGCGCUUGAAGGAGCUGCUGUCGGAGCAAGGCCCGGCGCCCGCCACAGCCUGGCUGCUGUCAGAGUGUCAGCCCUGCCCACGCUGCUUGACGCUGGUGCGGCGGGAGGAAGGAUGUUUGCACGUCUUCUGCCGCUGUGGCUGUGAUUUUUGCUUCGGCUGUGGCGGCCCAGAUCCGGAAGGCUGCAUCUGUCCCUACAUGGAGAAGACUCGCGAGGUGGUCUUCGCCGCCUGGCUCCGUACCUCUCCCGAGAGCCCUGUGGAGUGGCUUUGGGAAUCCAGGGCUCGGGUGGAGGAGGAGCGUUUUCUGAGUUCCCUCCACUUCUUCUUGUGGAUGGCCGGAGCCGAGGUUGAGGCCCCCUGGAGCGAGUCACCCGGAGACACGACCGACACCACGACCUCGGAGCUGCAAGGACUCGAUCCUAUCCGAUGGCUUCCACAAGGAGGAGUGGAUUCAGAUGUUUUCUCGGGACCCUUGGGUCCCCUCGAUGAUUACUUUACCGACAUUGAGGGCCAGGAGGAAGAUGAUGACUGGGCCGUCCACUACCACACCGUGCCCCAAAAACCGGUGCGGCGCCACCUCUCUGAACGGCAGUGGCGUCGUGGGGAACGGUUUCGGCAGCAGAGGAUGCGAUGGGCAGGUACCAGCACUGUAGCAGUGCCGCUGCAGCCCCAAAGGCAGCCGCGCGCCCUCAACGCGCUGAGUCGCACCGCGCGGCGCCUCGCACGGCAGAGCGGCGUGCUGGAAAGGAGCACACCCAGUGAGCGCCACAUGGGACGGGGUGAGCGAAGAUCCUUUGAGCAAUGA